UUCUUCUCGCACAACUCUCAGAUAGAUAGAGAGAGAGAGAGAGAUAGCGAAACCCUUAACACAAAUUCGUCACGGAAGCAACGAUUUGGCUACAAAAUCGACUCAGAGCAAUAUUGUGGUAAAUGGUUGGUUCUAGGGAUAGGUUAAGUCAGUUGCCAGAUGAUUUCCUUUUACAGAUAUUAUCAUGGCUUCCAACUAAAGAUGUUUUGGUAACGACUCUUUUAUCGAAACGAUGGAGGUUUCUUUGGACAUUAGUCCCUAGGCUCAACUAUGAUCUCAGGCAUUAUGAUAAUAUAUGUCCAAGGUUCACACAGUUUGUUGAUAGGUCUUUGUUGUUACACAAAGCUCCGGUUUUGGAGAGUUUGAACAUCAAGAUUGGUUCGGUAUGUUUUACCGCGGAGAAAGAUGUUGCGGUAUGGGUUAGGAUUGCGGUUGAACGCUUUGUGCGUGAGCUGAGUAUCAGUUAUUGUUCUGGUGAAGAGCCUAUUAGGUUGCCCAAGUGUUUGUUUACUUGUACUACGCUUGCUGUCCUGAAGCUUGAAAACGUAAGCCUUGUUGAUGCUUCGUGUUAUGUUUGUUUCAAGUCCGUCAAGACUUUGCACCUUCUUGAUGUGAAGUACUUGGAUGAUCAGUCACUUCCUCGGAUUAUAUCUAGCUGUUCUUGUCUUGAAGAUUUGGUUGUGCAGAGAUGUCCUGGUGACAAUGUUAACGUUGUUACUGUUACUGUUCCGUGUUUAAAAACUCUAUCUUUGCAUAAAUCUUCACAAGCUUUUGAAGGUGAUGAUGAUGGGUUCUUGAUUGAUGCCCCUAAAUUGAAGCGCCUAGAUAUUGAAGACUACUGGGGUGGCUUUUGUUACGUUGAGAACAUGCCUGAUGUUGUAGAGGCGAACGUUGAUGUUAUUUAUAAAAACACUGAGAAACUUCUGGGAUCUCUCACCUCGGUCAAACGUCUUGCUCUAUGCCUGAUCACAUCUGAUGCUGCUUAUCCCGCUGGUACUAUCUUCUCUCAGCUUGUUCAUCUAGAACUAUGCACAUGUGCGCCACGAUGGUGGGAUUUACUUACGAAACUGAUUGAAGAUUCACCUAAACUACGAGUUCUUAAACUCCGCCAGAAACAUAUUCGACGUGCCCCUAGUCCCCGGGCUGGUUGGAAGCAACCUGUUUCUCUUCCCAAGUGUUUGUUAUAUCAUCUUGAGACCUUCAAGUGGGAACUAUAUGAAGGAUCGCAAAAGCAGAAAGAAGUAGCUACAUUUAUCAUAAAACACGCUAUUCGAUUGAAGACAGCUAUUAUCUCUCCAAAACCCUCCAGUACUCUCCUUGAGAAACAUGAGAUGCUCAAGGAGUUGUCAUCCUCGCCGCGUGGUUCCAGUACAUGCGAGCUCUUGUUCGACUGAAAAAGGGAAGAAGAAAUGAACUUAACUUGUCCUUUAAACUCUGUUUAGUACAUGUUGUCUCUGUUGAUCUAAGAGUUAGAAGUUAGAACUUCAUCUGCAUUUGGUUUAUCCUUUAAUAUAGAACUUCCCUUCUGGAGGAACUCGAAGUUGUUGAGGACAUUACAAAGUGUACCAGUUUAACCCCCAGAAACUCUGUAAUCACUAUGUGUACAUAUUUGUACUCACAGGAUCAGUUUUGAAACAACAAUCUUUAUCA